GGGGCGGCCGCAGGGGCGGCCCCGCCGCUUUCGCUUUCGUUUCCCCGCCGGGCCCGCUCAGUCCGGGCCUUUCCCGGUGAGAUCCCUUCCCGGUAUCCUUGUCCCGGUGGGAUCCUCGUCCCGGCGAGCCCGUCCCGGUGGGAUCCCGUCCCGUUGGAGCAGCGGCCAUGGCUGCCGGAGGCACGAGGACAGUCGUGGUGGCCGGGGUCCCAGCUGGCCUCCUGCAGGACGAGCUCCUGGCUGACAUCCUCACCAUCCACUUCCAGAUGUCCCGGAACAACGGCGGGGACGUGGAGCAGCUGGCGUACCCCACGCGCCGCAGAGGAGUCGCCUACGUCACCUUCGAUGACCCAGGAGUUGUGGAGCGUGUUCUGAAGAAGGAUCAGCAUCUCCUGCAGGACAAGAGGCUGCCCAGGCCCUACCCCCUGACAGUGACCCGCUACUGCCACAACGCCUUCCUCUGGGUCACGUCCACCCUGAACAUGGCUGUUUUCAGGGAUCACUUGGUUUUAGAAGAUUUGGUGGAAGAGAUGAGGAAGCAGAGCCCAGCUUUGAGUUUUGGGCCUUUGCAGCGUGACGGGCAGAUCGCCGUGCAAGGAUCCUUCCCAGCACUCCAAGUGCUGAGGGAAUUCCUCCUGCUGAAGGCAAAAUCCCUCUCAGAGGAGGACAAAAGAGAGGGAAAAUCCCCCCAGAGACCGAGGAGGAAGCUGCAGGAGCACAGAGGUGCUGCGGAGGCGAGGAAUUCCACCCGGGAUGCUCAGAGGGAAAAGCAAGUGCUGGUUCUGGACACGGAUAUCUAUCACUACAUGAAGUGCUUUCAUCCCAAGGCUUUGCAGGGAAAUGGUGUUGUCAUUUCUGGUGUCACUGACGGUGACAUCACCACGGUGUGCAUUGAGAGCGCUGGCAGCAAGGCUGGUGCUGUGCUGAGGGCCAAGAAAACGAUUGAAAAUUACUCGGUGGAGCUGCAGAAGAUUUUACGGAAGGAAAGGAUCGGCUUCAAGGAGCAGAGCAGAGCUGAGAAGCAGAGAUACAGGCAGCUGUGUGAGAGGCUGAAAGCCCGCUACCCCAGAGUGCUGCUCAUCCCUUAUGACACCCACCUCGACGUUGUGGGCACUUCUGCAGAUGUUUUUGGGUUCACAGAGGAGGUGAAGAGGCGCUCCAGGUAGGAGUGAGGGUUCCUGCCCUUUGGAUUUCUCACCCAGACUCUGCCCUGUGGCACUGCAGGUCUCCCUCUGUGGCACUGGGAUGUCACUUUGGCCCCCUCACAGGCUGGCAGCUCUGCACAGGGGAGUGACCAAGCCUGGUCCCCCCAAAUACCAAAUUAAGGUCAGAACAAAAAAAAAAAAAACAA